UCAAAGGAAAAAAUAAGCAUGAAUAAAACGUGAUUUCUUUAUAUUUUGAGUACUACAAUGAAUUUAUGGUUAUUGCUUAUUAUUGGUUCACAAUGUAAGUUUUAAAUGUAUGGUGCCUAGCAACAUGCCCACCAGUACAUCAUCACAGGAAAGAUUGUCACUUUGCCAAGAUAAUUAUGAGAAGGUCGUACAGGGGCGUACUUCAAAACGUAACUACUAGACCCGCCAUAAAUACCACAGCCACUAAUACCACAAGUCCCACAACCACAAAUACUCAACACAUACCCAAACAAAUUGGCAGAGCCGAUGAAGUUGCUAACAGCGGCGAAGACCAAGCAAAUACGAAACUAUAUUGGAACGUAACCCAUGAGCGUUGCGACUACGAGAGAAUCCGUUGUAUGAGGGCGUACGCUACGGGAGCUGUAUGUGCUCGGACGCUUUAUUAUCAAUACUACAGCUUUCCCAACUACUGUGCUCUGGAGUUCCAUAACUGUGUCGGUAGAUACGAUGGUAUUUGGUCAGUUGCUUAUAUGGGUAUUUGUACCGAAAUCGACAUACAAAAAGAAAUUUACGUAGAUUUGGCCUAUACCCAGAUGUCAAAUAAUUCUUUCCUAACAGACAUGUAUAUCGCUGACUCGGGAGAUUUGACAAACGUCGGCUGAAUAUUUUUUUUAUAUUUGAAUGGCAAAUAAACAGUCAUUACCUCAAAUAACCUAAUCACAAAAUAAAACUUUUGACAAAAACCCCGACAUAGUGGACUAAGUGGACCAAUUUUUCAUGAAACAUGGCUAAGAACAUGGCUGACUAAUUUAGCUUUCAAACAAGAAAAACUAA